AAGGCUUCCUUGUAACUUCAAACCUUUUCAUUUAUUUGGGAGGAAAACAAACCGUCUCAUUUGAAUCACACAAUUAGAUAUAUAUUUGUGGAAACACACCUCUCUCGCCGAUGUUAAAUAAAUAGAGUAGCUUAUAGAUGUUUUCUAACUAUAUAUUAAUAUUAUAACAAGAACUAGAAUCCUAUAUAUUCACACCAAUUCGAAUUCCUUUUCCGACGGUUUAGAUUAAUACAAAAUUACUAAUACAAUUGAACCAUCAAACUAAUUAAGCUAGAUACAAUCUUUCCAGUAGUCGUUGGUAGUCCACGAUUGGAGGAGUUAAUAAGCCACUCAUAAAACACAUAUCAAUUAUCCCUUUAUAAUUAAGGGUCCGCAAAUAGCUUAAUUAAUUUGGAGGUUCCCAAAUUUGGAAAACAUUAAGGACCCCUGAUAAUUUUAUCGUGACUUGCAACUCUCCCGCCCCAGGUUCCUUAACAGAAUUACCAGCCACUAUAAAAAAAUAUAAAAAUAAACCCCCAUGCAGUAUAAAAAAUAACAAAAGAAACAUGUUACGUACGUAAACGUUAAGUACCAAAGACCUGUAAAUUUCUUCAACAUGAACGCUGAACAUAAUAAGAAGAAGAAGUUCGCCAUCAUCGGCGUUUCAUCUGUGAUUCUAGUAGCCAUGGUGGUUGCCGUAACGGUUGGGGUAACCGCAAAAAACAAAGGAGGAGGAGGGCACAAAAACUCGGACGGCGGGCAUGUCACCACGUCGACAAAAGCAAUAAAGGCUAUAUGCCAGCCGACGGAUUAUAAGGAAACCUGCGAGAGGAGUCUGGAAUCGGCUGCUGGCAACAGCACGGAGCCGAAGGACCUCAUCAAGGCAGGUUUCAACGUUACCAUGGACAAACUUCGGGCCAUCAUAAAAAACUCCACCACAUUGCAAGAACUGGCCAAGGACGAAAGUACAAACCAAGCUCUAGAAAAUUGCAAGGAGCUCUUGGAGUAUGCCAUCGACGAUAUCACGACAUCUUUCCAAAAAUUGGGUCCUUUCGACAUCAGCAAGAUCGACGAUUACGCGGAAGAUCUCAAGGUCUGGCUCAGCGCGGCUAUUACUUACCAACAAACAUGCUUGGACGGGUUUCAGAACACCAAAGGUGACGCAGGCGAAAAGAUGAAGCAUUUCUUGAACACCACGCAACAGCUCACCAGCAACGGACUUGCCAUGGUGACCGAAAUUACGUCCGUUCUUGGGUCUCUGAAUUUGAAAGCAAACCGGCGUCGUUUGCUGGCAGGGGGAGGGGGUGGAAGUAAUGCGAAGAAUGCUCCAAAGGUUAUUCCUACGUGGAUCAACAAUAAGCGUAGCCUCGACGUGUCUACCGUGACUCCACAGUCGAUUAAACCAGACGCGGUGGUGGCUAAGGAUGGGAGCGGACAGUACGAGACUAUUGGUGAAGCUGUGAAGAUGAUCCCGAAGAACAAUGCGGACAAGACGUUUGUGAUUUAUGUGAAGGAGGGAGUGUACAGUGAGUAUGUCAUGAUUGACAAGUAUAUGACCAACGUCAUGUUGAUUGGGGAUGGCGCUACUAAGACCAAGGUCACCGGUAGCAAAAACUUCGCUGCGGGAGUCCAAACUUUUCAGACUGCAACAGUUGUUGUAGUUGGGGACUACUUCAUUGCUAAGGACAUAGGGAUUGAGAACUCAGCAGGAGCCGAAGGGCACCAAGCCGUGGCUCUGCGAGUGCAGUCGGACUUGUCCAUCUUCUACCGCUGCCAAAUGGACGGGUACCAAGACACUCUCUACACUCAAACCCACCGGCAAUUCUACCGCGACUGCACCAUCAGCGGCACAAUCGACUUUAUCUUUGGUGACGCUGCCGUAGUGUUCCAGAACUGCAAGAUGAUCGUAAGAAAACCAAUGGACAACCAAGCUUGUAUGGUCACAGCCCAAGGGAGAAUUGACCGGCGUCAGCCCUCGGGUAUCAUCCUCCAAAACUGCACCAUCUCCGGGGACCCGGAGUACAUUCCCGUGAAGGACAAGAACAAGUCGUACCUGGGGAGGCCGUGGAAGAACCUCGCUAGGACCGUCGUUAUGCAGUCGCAGAUUGAUGGCAUCAUUGCUCCGGAAGGGUGGAUGGAGUGGACGGGUUCGAACAAUCAUCAAAGUUGCUGGUUUGGCGAAUACAGAAACAGAGGGCCUGGCUCCGACAUGAGCAAGAGGGUGAAGUGGAGCGGUAUCAAGAAUCUUGGUGCCGACCAGGCUGUCGCUUUCACCUCCGGUAAAUUUGUUGAGGGUGAUAAGUGGAUCAAGCCCAGCGGUGUGCCUUACGUUGCUGGCAUGGUUUCCGUUUAGGGUUUUAGACAAACAGUUUAGUGGCCUCCUUUAUAUUUUCAACAUUCCGAAAGGAUAGGAAAAGAAGAACACAUAUGACUAAUAAUCUUAUUCUUUAUGUAUGAUUGUUGUAGAUAUUGUUAAUCGUGUGGCUAUCCGCAAGUAUAUUUGGAGCCCAUAUAUGUGUAAUAUUAGAUAUUUAGAGGAGUCUUAGUUUCUGUAAAUUGACCUUAGAUGUUUAUAUCCAUGGUCGUCCGAAUACACUCAAUUCUUCUAAUUUUCUUCAUUCA